CAGGUCCCGAAAAACAUUGGAGACAUGUUAUUUUCUUGUGAUAAAUUUCUUGUGAGACGAAAAUAAUCAAUCCAUUCUGAAAAUAUAACAUACCUCACGUGCACAUUGCGCGGUUCGUUAAACGUUAAUCAUUUCUAGUAUACGGUAAGAUUGCAAAUCAAGCAUCGGAAAAUGUAUAUUUGGACAUCAUAUGGUAAGUGAAUGAUGGCAUAUUUUGAUAAAAAUUAUGAAGCAUCUAAAGGUGCAAGAGUAAAGCAGAAUGAACGAUAUGAAAUUUCAAGGAACAAAAAUGUAACAAAGACUGGCUUAGAUAUAUUAUAUACAUCCCGAGUAGAUCGCACUGUAACUGAUGAAGAUCUGGAAAAAAAAAUAUUAUCAUUGAAACAUUUGUUAGAAAAAGAUCCAAAAGCUGCUGAUUUGAAAUGGUCUCUUUUUGUGGCAGCAUCCAAUACUUAUCGUUAUGACAGCUGUUUAAAGCCAUUUCCACCUAUGUACAUUAAGAACGAGUGCAAGGAUAUUGAAGCCUUGAGGAGAGCCAUAGAAUCGGUUCCUCCUUUAUCCUUGAUACGCAAAGAACUUAAUGAAGCUGGUGCAUAUGAGAAUUAUGGUGAAACAAUAGAAUUAUUAUAUUGGGUAUUGCUACGAUUAAGAGAUCCACACAUUAAGAGCGUGCAGAAAGAAUAUUAUGAUUCAAUAUUGAGGAAAGUGCCACUGGAAGUGCCCGUUUCAGCUCCAAAUCUUAUUUUUCAAGUGGCAAGUGCAAAGCAAUCUGCAACAGAAGAGAAAUGGAAAUUAAGUGCUAAUGGUCAUUCAACAUUUUAUGCAUACCAUGGCAGCCGUUUGGAAAAUUUCCAUUCCAUCAUGCAUUAUGGUUUACAACAAAAUAUGUGCAAAAGAUCACAAUUUGGCAAAGGAAUAUAUCUUUCGAGCGAAUUAGGAGUGAGUUUACCUUAUAGUCCUGUGGGUUAUGGAUGGGGAGGCAGUUUUCUUGGAAGUGAGAUAAGUUGUAUAGCUCUCUGUGAACUUAUCAAUCAUCCUGAUAUAAAGAGAGGAGAUUCAAGAGAUAGGACACAAAACACAUUGAGUGAUUCAAUUGGUGGAAGAAUACCAGACAAAUAUUUUGUAGUGACAAAUAGUGAUUUAGUAAGGAUACGCUAUCUGCUUGUCUAUACCCAAGAUCUCCAUACAACUAGUACUGCUGAUAAUUCAGGAUUACUGGUAUGGUUUAAGCAACAUAAAUUACUGACAUUUGUGCUUGGCUACGUCGUGCUGUUAGCUUCGGUUGGAUUAACACAGAAUAAACAAGUAGAGAAAUAUUAUAGGUUAUUUAUCCAGAAAGCAGGAUUUGAAUAAAAAAAAAAUGAUAAUGCAAUCAUUGCAAUAAAUUGAUUUUGAAAUAUGGGAAAAAAAGGUUAUAAGGUUAUACACUAUAAAUAUACUAUUGUCAUAAAAUUAGGCUUCA